GAUUGUUUAGAGUGGCCAGACCGCCAGGGACACAGAUGGCAGCGCGAACAGGAGGAGUAUCUAACGGGACAUGCUGCCAGAUUAAUCUAUUACAUUUCUGACUGCUGGUGUGACAGUGUGAGGCAUCACCAUGCCUCUGGUGAAGAGGAACAUCGACCCGCGCCACCUGUGCCGGGGGGCAUUGCCAGAGGGCUUAGGCAGUGAACUGGAGUGUGUGAUGAACAACACCCUCUCCUCCAUCAUCCGCCAGCUCAGCAGCCUGAGUAAACAUGCGGAGGACAUCUUCGGAGAGCUGUUCAAUGAGGCCAACAUGUUCUACCUGAGAGCCAACUCCCUGCAGGACCGCAUCGACCGCCUGGCCGUCAAGGUCACUCAGCUGGACUCCACCGUGGAGGAAGUCUCUCUGCAGGACAUCAACAUGAAGAAGGCGUUUAAGAGCAGUACCGCCCAGGACCAGCAGGUGGUAUCCACGAGGAGCGUUCCCAUCCCUGUCAAGGAGAUGUACAACCUGAGUAACAAACCUCCACCUCUCAACAUCCUCUCCAAAUAUAGGGAUGACCACAAGGAGGGGCUGAAGUUCUACACUGACCCCUCCUACUUCUUCGACCUGUGGAGAGAGAAGAUGCUGCGGGACACGGAAGACAAGAGGAAGGAGAAGAGGAAGAACAAAGAGCAGAAGCGUUGUGUGGACGGGACGUUGCAGAGGGAGGUGAAGAAGGUGCGUAAGGCUCGGAACCGUCGCCAGGAGUGGAAUAUGUUGGCCCUGGAUAAGGAGCUGAGGCCUGACCACCACCACACACACUCUCUCCACCGGGGGGCCACCUGCGAGGGAUCACUAUCCCCUGAGAUGAGGGGUCUUGGGCCUGACCACCACCAACGCCACUACCCUCACUCAACCAAUCAUUCUGGUCACGCCCACACGUACUCCGGCCCGCCUCCCAGUCUCCUGGCUGCUCAGCUGGCUGCUCAGGGAAACGCCACUCUGGACCAUGCCUACAGGGGAUACAACCUGGGUCGCCCCCACAAUGCUCCACCCCGUCUCCCUCCCAUUGAGAACAUGAAUGGAUCCAUGUCUCUACGACCUGUGGACUACAGUAUGGAGGGAUAUGGAAACGGCUCCCCUCCUCCUGCUCCUCUCAUGCCAUCUGCACAAUCUGCCUUUGCCACGCCCCCCGGAGGCCCACUUCCUCUUCCAGGUCUAAUGGGAUCAGUUGGUGUCUAUGCCCUGCCCCCACCGCCAAUCGCUGGGUCGCUGGUGGCUCCAACUCCCCCAAUGCCUCCGCCCCCUCCUCCAGGCUCCUCCUACUCUACCACUCCCAAGAUGUCCUCCGUGCCCCACAAUGCCCAGCCUGUUAAUGAUGCUCGUAGUGAUCUGCUGGCUGCCAUACGCAUGGGUAUCCAGUUGAAAAAGGGUCAGGAACAGCAGGAACAGCAGGCUAAGAGAGAGCCUGUAGGGAACGACGUGGCCACCAUCCUCUCCAGACGCAUCGCUGUCGAGUACUCCGACUCCGAAGAUGACUCAGAGCUGGAAGAGAACGACUGGUCCGACUAACACACACACAUCACUCACUCAAAAGCUGAAAAGCACAUACAUGUGGACGUUCACAUCCACACAAAAAAUAAACCACUAAAUGGUUCACUGAGUGUACUAAACAUGAAUAACACAUUCCUAAUAUCAAGUUGCACCCCCCUCCUCCUUUUGCCCUCAGAACAGCCUCAAUUCGUAGGAGCAUGGACUCUACAAGGUGCUGGAUGUCCUUUGGGUGGUGAACCAUUCUUGAUACACAUGAUAAAACUGUUGAGUGUGAAAAACCCAGCAAUGUUGCAGUUCUUUACACAAACUGGUGCAUCUGGCACCUACUACUAUACCCGUUCAAAGGCACUUACAUGUUUUGUGUUGCCCAUUCACCCUCUCAUUGGCACACAUACACAAUCCAUGUCUCAAUUGUCUCAAGGCUUCAAAAUCCUUCUUUAACCUGGCUCCUCCCCUAUACCGAUACUGAUUGAAGGGGAUUUAACAGGGGAUUAUAGCUUUCACCUGGAUUCACCUGGUCAGUCUAUGUCACAGAAAGAGCAUGUUUUGUACAUUCAGUGUAUAUACUGUCAUUAUAAAGAGAACAGUUGUCUAUAGUUUCCUCAAACUGCAGUGCAUGCAUAGUAAGCAGAAUUUAGUGCAUGUUUUGUUUUGUACACUCAGUGUAUAUAUACCAACAAAACGUAAACAAAAACACACACAUACAGGAUGUAUUUGUACAUUUUAUAAGCUGGGUGACCCCUGGUCACAUGUAGCACUGCUGGUAAAUCAGACUCCUGCAUCAGCCGCUGAAGGGUCCAGAACUGGACCUCUAGUGGUGUACUCAAGAUGCACACUAUCGGGUUCAGCUGCUAUACUGACACUAAUUGCAACUAAACGUUCAAUUCAAUACUAUUACUGUUAACAUUUAAAACUCUCAAGCAAUGCUCAGGGCAUCUUGAAUACACCCCAGGAGACCACAGUGUGUCUCUGUAUAAUAUGUUAUCCAUAAUAACACUAGUAAAGCCCUGUUUGUGGCACUCAUCUCAUGUAUAGUUACAGUCUUAAUAAGGGCCUUACUUAGAGAACCCCCCCUACUUAGAGAACCCCCCCCUUGGGAAGACAGUCUGCGUCUUUUUUCUAAUGUUUUUACUGAAACACUUCAUCUAGGACUGAGACCAAUUUUUAUGUGUAGAUUAUAGCAACAGGAAGAUGAAGAGAAGUCAAAAGGAACCGUGUGGACUGCUGCUCAGGGUAGUAUUCAGAAGGAACCGUGUGGACUGUGCUGGUCAGGGUAGCGUUCAGAAGGAACCGUGUGGACUGUGCUGGUCAGGGUAGCAUUCAGAAGGAACCGUGUGGACUGUGCUGGUCAGGGUAGCGUUCAGAAGGAACCGUGUGGACUGCUGGUCAGGAUAGCGUUCAGAAGGAACCGUGUGGACUGUGCUGCUCAGGGUAGCGUUCAGAAGGAACCGUGUGGACUGCUGGUCAGGGUAGCGUUCAGAAGGAACCGUGUGGACUGUGCUGGUCAGGGUAGCGUUCAGAAGGAACCGUGUGGACUGUGCUGCUCAGGGUAGCAUUCAGAAGGAACCGCGUGUGGACUGUGCUGGUCAGGGUAGCAUUCAGAAGGAACCGCGUGUGGACUUUGCUGGUCAGGGUAGCAUUCAGAAGGAACCGCGUGUGGACUGUGCUGGUCAGCGUAGCGUACUUGGGAACCGCGUGUGGACUGUGCUGGUCAGGGUAGCGUUCAGAAGGAACCGUGUGGACUGUGCUGCUCAGGGUAGCGUUCAGAAGGAACCGUGUGGACUUUGCUGGUCAGGGUAGCGUUCAGAAGGAACCGUGUGGACUGUGCUGGUCAGGGUAGCGUUCAGAAGGAACCGUGUGGACUGUGCUUGUCAGGGUAGCAUUCAGAAGGAACCGUGUGUGGACUUUGCUGUUCAGGGUAGCAUUCAGAAGGAACCGCGUGUGGACUUUGCUGGUCAGGGUAGCAUUCAGAAGGAACCGCGUGUGGACUUUGCUGGUCAGGGUAGCAUUCAGAAGGAACCGCGUGUGGACUUUGCUGGUCAGGGUAGCAUUCAGAAGGAACCGCGUGUGGACUGUGCUGGUCAGGGUAGCAUUCAGAAGGAACCGCGUGUGGACUUUGCUGGUCAGG